AUGAAGGCUGCCGCUAUCCUCUCUCUCUUGCCUUUGGCUCUCGCAGCCCCGGCCACCAAGCGUGCCGGUGGCCCUGCUCCUGUUUUGACACCCCGCGAUGCCGGCGACAAAGUCAUUGCUGGUCAGUACAUCGUCAAGAUGAAGGAAGGCAUGAGCACCGCUACUGUCGACGAUGUCUCAAACCUCUUUGAGGGUGACGCCGUCCAUACCUGGACGAAGGGCUCCUUCAAGGGAUUUGCUGCCAAGUUGAACGACGCUGAUCUUGAUGCUAUCGCCAACCACCCUGAUGUUGAGUACAUUGAGAAAGACGCUGUUGUCACCAUCAACACCUACGUCAGCCAGUCCAGCCCGCCCUGGGGUAUUGGUCGUAUCUCCCACACUGCGUUGACGACUACCCCCUACACCUACGAUGACAGUGCCGGUACUGGUGUUUGUGCCUACGUCAUUGACACCGGCAUCUUGACCACUCACACCCAGUUCUCGGGCCGUGCUACAUUCCUCGCCAACUACGCUGGUGAUGGCUCCAACACUGAUGGCAACGGACACGGUACUCACGUCGCUGGUACUAUUGGAGGAUCCACUUAUGGUGUGGCCAAGAAAGUCAGCCUCUACGCUGUUAAGGUCCUCAACGCCUCAGGCUCCGGUACCAACUCAGGUGUCAUUUCCGGCAUUAACUAUGUCGCUACCGACUCCAAGACCCGAAGCUGCCCCAACGGUGCCGUUGCCAACAUGUCCCUCGGUGGAUCCAAGUCAACUGCUGUCAACAGCGCCGCUGCCGCCUUGGUUAACGCUGGUGUCUUCUUGGCUGUCGCCGCCGGAAACGACGGUGCUAAUGCGGCCAACUACUCCCCUGCCUCCGAGCCCACUGCCUGCACUGUUGGUGCCACCACCUCCGCCGAUGCACUCGCCUCGUACUCCAACUACGGUGCUGUGGUUGACAUUCUCGCUCCCGGCUCUAGCAUUCUGUCUUCUUGGAUCGGCUCCACCUCUGCGACCAACACCAUCUCUGGUACCUCCAUGGCCUCUCCCCACAUCGCUGGUCUCGGCGCUUACUUCCUGUCUCUGAACGGAGCUAAGACCCCGGCUGCUCUGUGCACCUACAUUCAGAGUGUUUCUACCAAGAGCAAGAUCACUGGUGUUCCUUCUGGCACCAACAACUACCUCGCCUUCAACGGCAACCCCAGUGGUUAA